AUGAAAUCAUAAAUUCAAUCAGCAAGAAAACCAGGAAAGUCUAUUCCAAAACCAAAAGAUAAUCAAACAAAUCAAUCAUCCAAUUCAAAAAAAGAAAUUACUAAUGAAUCAAAUGGAUUUGAUGCUUCUAAAUAACUUAUAAUCUAACCUAUUCCAAUAGAACCUAAAGUUAAAUAGAAUUGUUUAAUUGAAAUUGUUGAAUUGGCCAAUUCUCUUAAAGAUGAUGAUAAUGUUAGUGGUCUUGUCUUUAAGCAAAUCAUCAUAUCAAUUGAAGCUAAAUUAACAGAAUUCUAAGAGAGACUUGAAAAUAGAGACAAUUUAACAGAACUUAAUACACAUUUAUAGAAAUUACAAUAUCUUUAAUCUAGUCCAUAUAGUCCUAAUGGAAAUUAAACUAAUUAAAAAAAAGAUGACUCAAAUAAUGACACUAGUGGAUUAUUACGUAAUUAAAGUUAAAUUUCAUUACAAUAAAAUGAUAAUGUUAGUGUUAUGAGUGCAUAAGAUAAAAUGAAAAGUCCUUAGGGUAGAAGAUCAAAUUCUAAAUAAAAUUCAGGUAAAUUCUUAUUAUUAAAUAGUCAUUCUUCCAAAUACAUCAUAAUAAACAGUGUCUGACAAUAAUAAAAUUGCAGCUUUGGAAAAAAGAUUAAGAACUAAUGAAGAUAAUUAUGUUAAAUUGACUAAAGAAAUAUAAGAUCAAUAUACUGCCAACAAUUAAAAAUUAGAAAAGACAAUUAAGGCUCUUAAUGAAAAGUUUUUGUCAUUUAGUGCUAACAAUUUACAAUAAUAGUACAUUGAAAUUACUGAAAGUUAAAAGGCUUUGAUUUCACAUUUACAUUAGUAAUCAAAAGAAAUCACGUAAUUGCUUCCAACUAUAUAGCGAGAUCAAUAAUACCAUGCAUAAAUUAAAAGAGACAUAAGAUACUUAAAAUAUAGAGAUUUCAAAUAAAAUCGAGCAUUGUUUAUAAUUGUAAAAUGA